GUCCACUUUGAAACAGCCGCUUCCUAAAUUAUGGAAACAGAAUGAAGUUUUUUCGAAGGUGUAUGCCCAAGCCCUCUGACAAUCAGGAUGUUCUUGUAAUCAAUCAACUUUACGACUUACUUCAAAAUCAUGGUGACAAUAUUUUGUCUGGCUGUUCAAAAUUGAGUUUAACAGCUCCAGUUUUAUCUUUGCUAAAUGAUUUAUUUCUGAAACUAACUACAGGCACAAAUCAACCAGAAUUUCAAGAUCUUCAUUCCAAAGAAAACAAAAUUUUGUUCAUUUUUGAUUUUUUUCAAAAAGUCCAUUCUUUAAAGUUAUUAUCUGGUGUUGUUAACUCAAGUUAUCCUCCUUUAGAUAUUUGUCAUUUUAAGUUAGUUGAGGUUCUUGAGAUACAUAAAAUUCCCAUAUCCAGUAUAAAAAAUUUGAGUUUAAUACGUCGUCAACUGAAAUCACUUACUUGUUUCAAAGCAGCAGAUACCAUUCAUAAUGUUAUCUGUCAGUUUAGUUCUGCAGAGGAACUACUUCAAAUUCCAUUUUUGACUGAGUUAGAUCUUAGUUGCAACAAAAUCACUAAUAUAAAUGAUGAUGCAAUGAAAUAUCUACCUGGUUUGAAGAAACUCAACCUUAGUUACAACAAUUUACAAGUUGCAGACUCUGAGGAACUAUCAACUUUAAGUCAUCUUGAUCUAAGUUUUAACACUAUCAUUAGUAUACCUAUAUUUUCUGAAAAGGUAUCAGAACAGCUGACACAUUUAUACCUUAAAAAUAAUCAUCUGAGCAGUUUAAAAGGUGUUCAAUGCUUCAUUUUUUUAAAAGAGCUAGAUGUGUCAUUUAAUUGUCUGCUUGAAUUCAAUGAACUAGUGCAUAUAUCAUAUUUAGAAAAGCUGGUCACUGUGAGUUUAAAAGGCAAUCCUAUUUCAUUUGAUACAAGAUACAGAGCUACUGUUAUUCGAAAUUUAUCCCCUGUUAGGAGAAGAUGUUUGAUUUGUUUGGAUGGAAUUAAAUUAGACUUUGAUGAAUUAAGUACUCUUGGAAAAGAUGUAAAACCAAUGCCACUUUUUUUGCCAUGUUUUCCUGAAGCUCAAAGUAAUAUACAAUCUUCAAACAAGAGUUGUAAAGUUCGCAAUGCAAGUAUAAAAGAUAGCAACACAAGUUUGUCUAAAAUACACGGAAGUUUUGAUCAUGUAUCAACAUUAUCUUCAACUUCUGCUGAGUCUAAAGAAGAGGAGAAGCAAAAAAUGAAAGCUGCAAUUUCAAACAGAAAAUAUUCUUCCAGCAACUCAGUUUUAUGGAAUACCAAUAUUGUAGUACUUAAUAAUGAAGAGCCAAAAAAUGAAUAUAUAACACAAUGUAUUGAUACAGAAACAUCUGAAGUUUCGUAACAGAUUAGACUUGAAUUAUCUUUCAAAAGUUGAUUCAAAUCCAGAAACAUUAACAGCAAAGAUGACAUUUGAUCUUUUUCGAGUUGAUUGGAAAUACAGAGAGUAUAUUUUUGAACAUAUUGAUCAUCUAGAUGCUUUUGUGUUGCAUGUUCAUCCAUUUGCAGCGAGAAACUGUCAAAAAAAAAUUUCAGAUAUGAUUCACUGUGUGUGCUUAAAAUGUGGUGCAACAUUUUUGACAAAAACAAAUAAAAGCAAUAAUUGCAAUGAGUGUGGAAGUUCUAUGAUCAUUGAAGUUGAUAACCAAGAAAAAAACGAAUCAAAAUAUUCUCAAAGGAAAGAUGAAAAUAAUCUUAAUAGUAAUUCUGAUCGUGUUAUUAAUUGUAAUGCUACUGCAGAGCACCAAACUUAUCAUUCUAACCUUUCUAAGUCACUUCCCUGUUGUAAGCAACUUGAAGAAAAGAAUUUUGUUACAUUGCAUCAUGCUACCUCAUACCCAUCUUUAUCAAAUAAAAACAACAAUAACAAUGAAUUCAAUAAUCAAAUAAAUAAAGCAUUUUUAUCUCAAGAAGCUUUGAUGGAAAAAAAGUUAUCUGAACCUAGAUUAAUUUCAACUACAGAGCAAGAUUCCUUAUACAUCGAUAAUAUUUUUAGAUGUGAUCACAGGCUGAAGUUAUUUUUGUCUAUAAAUGUUUAUAGGCAUGAAGAAGAAGAAUUUGUUUGUCAACUACAAUGUGAAUGUGUCUUAAAUACAAAAUCAGAAGUUUUCGAUUGUUUUUUUAAUGUCAGCAGCACUUCUUUUUAUGUUUUUGCAAUUCUUGAUAAAAAGAGUUUAUCACCAGAAGAAUCUUUGAAAAAAUUUGUCUCAUGUGAUAUACCAAAAGUUAUGUUAGUAGCACCUUGCUACAAUUAUCAGAGCUUUAUAGUUGAACUUUCCAAGCCUUCUUUAAGAUUAAAGUUUUUGACAGGUGACAGCCACAAGACAUUUAAUUUGCUUGCUACGCUAGAAGUUGAGUUUUCUAAAUUUUCAUCAUCAACUAUUUAUUCACCUGUCUAUCAUCCUAGAACAGUUGCUAAUAUCAGGUUACAAAUAUUUGGUCUUGCAGAAAGUCUAUUGGAGAAGGCUGAUCGGUUAUAUACCCAAUUGUCAUUGUAUUCCAUGCCAAAACUUUUACACACUCGAAAGUAUCACUUACGAAUGCACUAUAAUUGUUUUAUUGCUUCUGAAUUUUUGGACUGGCUUUGUCUUCACAAGGAAGCUCCAAGUCGUAAAGAAGCACUAUUGCUUUGCAAUCAAUUAUUGCAUGAUGGUCAUAUUGUCCAUAUAUCAAAACAAACUGUGUUCAAAGAUGAUUCGGAAUGGUAUCAAUUCACUCAGUUUACAGAUGAAUCUACAAACUCUAUGCAGCCCUUUAAAUCAGAUGGUGAUCUAUUUAGUUCUUGCAUUACCGAUGGAAUAAAUGAAGAUAUAAAGAUAUAUAUGUUUGCUGAUGUUGCUUUGAACAGUGAAGCAAACUCUUCACAUCAUGGAAGUCAAGAUUUCGUGCUGAUAGACACUCGAUACUCAAAAUGGCAAGAUUUUACCCUUCUUCGCCAGACUGUGGUCGGUACACUAUCUCAUAUUUUUGUGGUUAAAGAAUGUCAUGUUUGGCCUCUUCCUCGAACCUUUCUACCAACUGCUGUAACAAAUGACCAGUUUGUUAAAAAAGCUUGCAUGAGAAUAACAGACAUUGUUUCACUGGAAUUAUAUGAUGAUUCACCCUAUCAACUUUCAAUUAAAUUUAUUGAUGAGGAUAAUGAAGAGUGUAGUUGGUUUAUACAUUCAAUGUCUGCUUUUGAAUGCAAUAAUCUGGUUAAGUUUAUCAAAACAACAUGGCAGCAACUAUUUGCAAUAGAUCUGACUUGCUACAACCAACCAACUUUCUUUUUUUAGUUUUCAUUUUAUAUUUCAAGAUAUAGUUAUAAAUUAUUAUUUUGUAAAAAAAAAAAAUAUUUUGGAGAUUUUUUUAUAAAAUUUGUAAAUUUUGAUACA